GUAUAAACCUGGAUACAGACUGUUUCAGUGUUCCUUCAGACCUUAUCUCUAGAGGCUAGAGAUGCCUUCUUUCUCUCGCAAGAGAACCUAUUCCGUCCAUCAUGAUAAGUCCAUGAGUGGUCUACCAGUCAGUCCCAGUAUGAUGUCAAUCUCCUCGAGGAACAGAGCAGCAGCAAUGGCCACUACUGCCAGUAGGUCUGGUCCCGGGGGUAGACGCCAUAAGAAGACUCGUUUCAAGAAGCCUCCUGGGGCUACACCAGGUAAAGGAGGAAGACACAAAGAACAGCAUCUCCUUACCUCUGAGCUACAGGAACUGAUACCAGCUCAACCAGUCCCUAAUGAAGCUGAGCUCAAUCACCUCUUUGCAAAGAUGGUGGAUGAAUUAGGUCUAAAUAGAGAGAUUAUGUGGAAACUGCCUCCUGAGAAGAAGUGGCAAUUGUAUCUAUCAAGAAAUAAAGUAAGGAAUGAC